AUGACAACUAAAACGUGGACAAAUCAAGUUAAUAUCGUCACAAACAUUCCAAUUGGUGGCUUAACCUUAGAUCCAGAUGAACAAUUAAUAGCUCCAGAUACCACUAAUAAUUAUACUAACAAUACCAGCAAUGGCACCAUCUUCGUCAAAAACACAGAACCGUCAAACAAGCUUUCAACUGGUGUUAUUGUUGGGAUAGUAGUUGCAGGAGUAUUGUGUUAA